GUCAAAGCGCCAAGCAGUUCUAAGAAGCUUGUACCAUUGCACAAAGUUGAGCUUUGCCCAGCCAUGAUGAUGAUGGUGAUCAUGAUACUUGGGGGGAGCUUUACAAGAACAUUGAGGGAGGGGAAAAAAAAGGAGCUUGUUGUUUCUCUCCCCUGCUGCGAGGCUCCAUUAUAUUAUUAUAACAAUGCGAUGCACACAAGUUUACAGGAGGCCUUUAAAGUUGCAAUAGAGCUGAGCUUUAAAGAACAGAGAGAGCUGCUUGCUCAUUCCUUCACUUGUAGCUUGUGGAAGUGUUAAAUGUGCAGUGUCACUUACUCACACUCACUAGCAGCGAGCGAGCGAGUCACUAAAACUUGCAUAAAUGCCACUCUGACGCCGUCUAUUGCUAACAACGAAGCUUAUAACCAAGCGGCGAGCAAGUGAAGACGAGCGGAGCGGCACUCUCUGUCGUCCGUGGUGGUGGUCGUCAUCUCAUCGGUUCCUGUCUUGAGCUAGCAUCGCUUUUGCACUUCUUUCGGUUCUUGUAGACGAUUGAUCGAUCAGUUUGCGGGGUUUUCUGGUUCAGGAACUGAUUAGCGGAGACUUUUUUGUUCUUGGGCUGUCUCCAGAAAAACCGCCUGACUUUUGUUCUCUGAGGGACUGCUUUAAUGUUGGAGGAGCACAGGCAUUGAAUGCGGGAGGAGUUCAGCAGCAAAUCCCCAGAAAGGGUAUCCCGGUUCGGGUGCCUGCUGGAGUCAUUUAAGUCAUGCGGAGGAACCUGUUCCCCGACACAAGGCUGCUCCUGUUAUAUUACUUCCCCUUUGGCUCUACAAGACUGUGAUCUUGUAGCUUUUUCGUCUCUGGACCCAAUCCAAGCGUAUAUGUGUCGAAUUCUUUCAUCUGCAUGCACAAGGAACGCACUCAGCUGAAAUGGAAGAGGCAGCCACCACUUGUGUUAUGCCAAGGUUUAUGGCCUCAACAAGCAGCAGCGUCGAAUACCAGAAUCACUCUCUACUGUUUUCUCCAUAUCAUGCUUCUGCUGCCGACUCCAGCGCCAUGGAUAGCACCGACGUUUCUCUUAUGGGUAACUUGCUGACGGACCUGAGCUCGGAUUUCCCAUAUAUUGGAGCCACCACCGCGAGCGGGCGGUACUCGGUCCCAGACAUACUGCAAUUCCCAGCUGACCAGGCCUCAAAGGUUACACUUCUCCAGAUGCUAGAAGAGAGUGACACCAGCUCUCCAAAUUCCUAUACGCAUCACUUGAAGCUUCCUGUUCUGGAGGAGCCUUGUGACAAGCUCCACAAGCAGCAGCAGCCGCAACUUUUGAGCUGCUCCUCAGAAACGGGUCUCAUUCACCAGCCGGAUCAGUCGGUCGGGCCUGAGAAAUGCAUAGCCGGGCUCGACAGUGUGGAUUUCUCAAGUGCUGCUGAAUCUCUCCUCAAGCCAUGCAAGGUAGAGCCAGAAUUCCAAGCCCCUCCCGUCGUGCUCGCCGAGCACAACAGUGUUAUAGCAGUGGAUACUUUCAACAGCGCCGCCAUAUCGGCAAACUCGGACGACAUUUCCAAUCAUCUCGGAGCAGCAGCCGGAACAGCAGCAACAGCAGGAGUAGCAGCAGCAGUAGCUGGUACGACCAACUCGGCAGGAGGCUGUGCUGGUGGUGGCGUUUCUCAAUCCAGCUCCGGAGCCGAAACGCCGGGAACACAGCACCGACCAAAGCGGAAGAGAAUCAAGUCAUGCAAGAACAGCGAGGAAGUGGAGAGCCAGAGACAGACUCACAUUGCAGUGGAGAGGAACAGAAGGAAGCAGAUGAACGAGCACCUCAAUGUUUUGCGGUCACUCAUGCCUGGAUCUUACGUCCAGAGGGGCGAUCAAGCAUCCAUCAUAGGUGGUGCCAUUGAGUUCGUAAAGGAGCUGGAGCAGCUCCUGCAAUGUCUUCAGGCUCAAAAGAGGAGGAGACUGUAUUCCGACGCGUUCAGUCCAAAGCCGAGCCCGAGUGCCGUGAGCUCCAUUCCGCUGCCGCCCUUCCCUCCAUAUGCUUCCUCUCCCGCUCCUUCUCUCGACAAUCCGGAUCCCACAGCGGCGGACUCGAGCUCCAAGUUUGUCAACGACAACUUUUACGAUUGCAAGCAGAUUGUCGCCGAGGCCAAGUCGGAAGUGGCGGACAUCGAGGUAAGGAUGGCCGGGAGCGAUGCAGUCGUCAAGAUCCUCUCCCAGCGGAGGCCCGGUCAGUUGCUCAAGACGAUAUCGGCGCUGGAGAGUAUGUGCAUGAGCAUUGUCCAUACCAACAUUACCACAAUCGAGCAGACUGUGCUCUACUCGUUCACCGUGAGAAUUGGCAUGGAAUCCAGGCUAAGCGUGGAUGAGAUUGCUCAAGGUAUUCAAAGGAUUUUUAGCUGCAAUGUUAGUGCAGCUGCAAGUGACUUAUAAAGGAGAGCUUCCUGACUCCAAAAAUACUCCUCCAACAUAUACAAAUUCUAGCUAACUAGGUCUACCUAGAAUUCACUCACUCUCUCACAUACACACAACAACAGUAACAUGCUUUUUAACGUUUCAAACGAAUCAGUGCCUUCCAGCAGCAGAAAUGUUUCACAAUUCUCACUCAUAAAACACUAGCAAAAGAGACGGAAGAAAAAAAAAUGAUAUAACAUUCAUGGCUCUGCAGAUGGAAUUUAAAAGAAAAAUUUGAACUUGAA